AUGGAGCUCUCUGACUACUUGGAAGCAACCAAACAAUGGGAGCAGUGCGAAGAUACUCAGAGCAGAUCCAGAGCGUUUGAGGAUGCCUUUUCACAGCUAAAGCUCUUUACGGAGAGUAAUGAGGGGUCACAUACAUAUUGUGAUCGAGGCUAUCCUAUUUCUAUCAAAGAAGAGUUUAUUGCCGAUGUUCUCAAUAGACUCGAUGACGAAG